AUGUCGAGCGAGAUAAAACUCUUCAAAGUCGAUAUUCCGAAGGAGGAGGUCGAACGAUAUCACCGUAAGAUUCGGCAGACAAGAGUGCCAACCCAGGACAUCGUCCCUGGCGCGGGGAGUGAUUACGGCUUCACCACGGAGUGGGCCCGAGACCUCUAUCAGACAUGGACAGACAACUAUGACUGGGAUGAGGAGCAGAAAGUCAUGAACCAGUGGCCUCAUUUUACGACAGAGCUCGAAGACAUCAACAUCCAUUUCAUUCAUCAACGCUCCCAGUCACCAAACGCCUAUCCCCUUCUCCUCGUCCACGGCUGGCCAGGAUCUUUCUACGAAUUUCGUCGAGUGAUCAAUCCACUCUCUGACGCAAACUCUCCUCUUCCGUUUCACUGCGUUGUGCCUAGUCUUCCUGGAUUUUGCUGGUCUUCGGGGCCACCGCGUGGCUGGAAAUUAGAAGACACUGCGCGAAUAUUCCAUGCCCUGAUGCUUCGCCUGGGAUAUAAAGAAUUUGCAGUUCAGACGGGUGACUGGGGCCACUGGGUUGGACGAGAGCUUGGAGCCAACUAUACGGAUUCGUGCAAAGCAGUACAUUUCAAUUUUGCCCCGGCUCCCCUCCCUGAAGGGGCAGAGCUGACGGAGCGAGAAUCCAAAGUCCAGGACAGAGUGGAUGACUGGUUGGAGAACCAUAUGGGUUACGCGAUCAUGAUGCGUACACGCCCACACACGGUCGGAUGGAUGUUGCAGGACAACCCUGUAGGAAUCAUGGUAUGGCUUGGAGAGAAAUACAACGAAGCAGCAGAUCCCGAGAACCAGCAGAAAGCAGAAUGGAAGAAGCAUGUUCUGACGACCGUGUCACUUUACUAUUUCAGCAAUUGUAUCAUGACCUCGAGCUUGCCAUAUUACGAGAAUGUACGGCACGAGAACUUUGCCGAAUUCGCCAUGCUCCCUAAGAAUAGGAUAAAGUGUCCAUUCGGAUACACAAGCUUUUACUGGGACACGGAACCGAGCUCGAAGCGUGCCGUUGAGAGGACGGGGAAUCUGGUGUUUUAUCGGGAGAGAAACGAUGGGGGCCAUUUUGCUGCUGUCGAGUGUCCGGAUGGCCUUGUGCAAGAUGCGAGAGAGUUGGUGGGUAUGGUUUUGGGGAAGAGUUUCUCUUAG